UCCCUGCAUUUCCAUGGGCUACCUUUCUCUCUCACAUUACAACUCAUGGCCUCUCCAAUCCCCCCAUUCCUCUUUUCUCUCUUCAUCUUUAUGCAUCUUGGCUUCUCGGUCCAAGGCAUUACCCGGCACUACACGUUCAAUGUGCAGCUCCAUAAUGUGACCAGAUUGUGCAAGACUAAGACCAUUCUGACCGUGAACGGGAAGUUUCCUGGGGCUCCGGUUGUUGCAAGGGAGGGCGACCGCGUUGUGAUCAACGUGACCAACCACGUAUCCAACAAUGUCAGCUUCCACUGGCACGGAAUCAGGCAGCUGUUGAGCGGGUGGGCAGAUGGGCCGGCAUACGUGACCCAAUGCCCAAUCCAGACCGGACAGAGCUACGCUUACAAUUUCAGCAUCACAGGGCAGAGAGGAACCUUGUGGUGGCAUGCUCACAUCUCAUGGCUCAGAGCCACUCUCCAUGGCCCUCUCAUAAUCUUACCAUUCAAGAACACUUCCUAUCCUUUCCCCAAACCCCAUAAAGAAGUUCCAAUCAUUUUUGGAGAGUGGUUCAAUGCUGAUACAGAGGCAGUCAUAAGCCAAGCUCUAAAGACAGGCGGCGGCCCCAACGUCUCCGAUGCAUACACCAUCAACGGACUCCCCGGUCCCUUGUACAACUGCUCCGCCAACGGUAUUUCCCGGAAAUUCUCCAAAACAAACUCAAUCUAUUUUUAUAAAUUUUGUUUUGUCGCAGAAACAUUCAAACUGAGGGUGAGGCCAGGGAAGACGUACCUUCUCCGAAUGAUCAACGCUGCGCUCAACGACGAACUCAUCUUCAAAAUCUCCAACCACACGUUCACUGUGGUCGAAGCAGACGCAGUCUACGUGAAGCCAUUCGAGACCGACAUAAUCGUGAUCGCGCCAGGGCAGACCACCAACGUCCUGCUCAAGACCAAGACUAACCCUUCCGCAACCACCUUCUACAUGGCCGCCAGCCCUUACUUCACCGGCCAAGGCACCUUCGACAACACCACUGUCGCCGGAAUCCUCCAAUACAAACUCCCUCACAAUCACAAAACCCCCCUUCAAAUCCCACCCCUCCCCCCUUUCAACGCCACCUCCGUGGUGGCCAACUUCAGCAGCAAGUUCCGCAGCCUCGCGAGCCCGCAGUUCCCGGCCAACGUGCCACAAAGCGUGGACAGAAAGUUCUUCUUCACGGUGGGGCUGGGGAGCAACCCCUGCCCCAAGAACCAGACAUGUCAGGGGCCGAACGGGUCCAUGUUCGCGGCCUCCAUGAACAACGUCUCCUUCACGAACCCCAACACGGUGGCGCUCCUGCAGACUUACUUCUCCGGCAGAAACAACGGCGUCUACACGACGGACUUCCCGGCCUCGCCCUUGGUGGCGUUCAACUACACGGGCAUGCCGCCGAACAACACGAGAGUGAGCAACGGGACGAAGACGGUGGUGCUGCCGUUCAACACGACGGUGGAGGUGGUGCUGCAGGACACGAGCAUUCUCGGGGCGGAGAGCCAUCCGCUCCAUCUCCAUGGAUUCAACUUCUUUGUCGUCGGGCAGGGAUUCGGCAAUUUCGACCCGCAAAAGGACCCCGCGAAGUUCAACCUUGUGGACCCCGUGGAGAGGAACACCGUGGGCGUGCCGUCGGGAGGCUGGGCUGCCAUCCGCUUCAGGGCUGAUAAUCCAGGUGUUUGGUUCAUGCACUGUCAUUUUGAGGUGCAUUUGAGCUGGGGUUUGAAGAUGGCGUGGAUUGUGUUGGACGGAGAAUUACCAGGACAGAAACUGCCCCCGCCGCCGGCUGAUCUUCCUGCCUGUUGAUUCUCAUUUUCUUCUUUUUGCGUUCUAACUUCUAUUUUGGAUUUAUAUCUUUCUGUUUUCUUGUUUUUCUUUUUGGGUUGUGUUGUUUGGAUUUGUAUGAGACUGGUGAACGAGAGCCCGGAUUUGUGUUGGAUUUUUGUUCCAAAGAAUCAGAAAUAAAGAAUCGCGUUUUAAUACA